AUGACCGCUACUGUUCAACAAUUUUAUAACGAGUUCUUGACCGAUGCGGAUGUCGUAAUCCAAGCUGAUGGUUUCGACAUUCUCGAUUUACUAGUGGCCGCAGACGAACUACUAAUCGUACAAGAUCUCUUGGGUCACAUCCAAGAACACUUGAUAACCGUGAAAACAGCAUGGCUCGAAACCAACUUUGGCGUCGUAUUACACGCAAUAUUUCGACACUCAUCAUGCGUCAGACUCCAAGAUUAUUGUCUACUACAAAUAUGUUGGCGUCCGGAACUUGUUUUCACCGCUGAUGAUUUUGUGGAAUACGACGAAGACAUUCUGAGAAUGGUGUUAGAACAGGAGGAUUUGCAGAUGGAAGAGAAGGAUAUUUGGGUGAAUUUGUUGAGAUGGGGGUUCGCACAGAUUAGACCGCAGCAGUCUUUUGAUCUUGGGUGCAUUGGGACAUUGAAGAAGGAUGAACUCAAGGAUUUUUAUGAGAUAUUAAAGCGUUGUAUACCAUUAAUACGAUUUACGGAUUUUUCUAACGAGGAUUUUAUCCGUAAUGUUUGGCCAUUCAGAGACAUUUUUCCGGGUCCCAUUAAAUUAGAAAUUGAAAAAAUACACAAAAAUAACAGUGACACAUUUUUCUUUGCAUCUCGUUCGUCAUUACUACUACCUCGCCGUCCACUGAUUCAUAUCGACUCUACGAUACUUCAUCCAGCACAAGCAGCCUAUCUCCCAGAAUGGAUAGAAUUGACACAAAAGAAUUCACCCACAUUAACACUGUUAACCACCGAAAUUCCAGACCCAACACGAGUUAGUAAGUGCGGGAGUGUUAGUGAGGUGGUCUCUGGUGCGAAACUGAGCAGGGUGUUGCCUGGAUGCGAGGCAAUCUAUGAUGACCCGAAGUUUGGUCCGUGUUUUGGCAAAACGGAUUUGGAUAUGCGGAUCAAGUUUGAUGGAGAGGAAAAUUGCUCGGUUAGGAAACAAUGUUAUAGAUACCAUCUUUUUGAUAGCGUGAAUGAGAUCAACAAAUUCUCGGUGGAUGAAUAUGAAGUGUUUCAGAUCUGUAAAGUUUCGUCGUAG